GGCUGUGCAAGGCGCCAGUCUCCAGUUGGCCAGCGUGCAGCCGCCGCAGUGGACGCGCAGACAGCGACUCGGACACAGCGACAGCGCAAUGGGUCUCCGCGGAAGCUCCGCCUGCGUCAAAUACCUGCUCUUCAUCUUCAACCUCAUCUUCGUAAUUACAGGAGUAAUUAUCCUGUCAGUUGGUGCUGUCAUUCAGGGAGUUUACUACAAAUAUGAACACUUUCUGGAUAAUAGAUUCUUUUCUGCACCUGCACUGCUUAUUGCUGUGGGAACAAUUGUGCUGAUAAUAUCAUUUUUUGGAUGCUGUGGUGCUGUGAAAGAGAACCACUGUAUGAUACUUACUUUUUCUGCAUUGUUGGGAGUUAUAUUCAUCUUAGAAUUGGCAGCUGGAAUAGCUGGUUAUGUUCUUGAAGAUGCAGCUGUGGAAGUAAUAAACAAGAGAAUGAAUGACAGUAUGGUGCAUUAUAGAGAUAGUCCAGAAAUAACUAUUGUAUGGGACAGCAUUCAAAAAGAAUUCAGUUGCUGUGGGACCAACAAUAUUACAGACUGGGGUGUUGUAUACAAAAAUGAGUCACUACCAGACUCUUGCUGUGCCAGUUUCUUACAUACACAGUACAGCUGUAAUGUCACAAUGGCAGAAGAGCAUCACAUUAGGAGCUGUCAUGUUGCAGUUCAAGAAUCUGUAAUAGCAAAUGCUGUUACACUGGGUGGUGUUGGUGUUGGAAUAGCAUUUAUUCAGCUACUGGGAAUUAUUCUGUCCUGCUGUCUCGCCAAGUCCAUACGAAAACACUAUGAAUCUGUGUAACAUUAGAAAUUCCUCUAAGUAAGGCAAACAUGUACAAGAUUCAUCAACUGCAAUUUUCGGACUGAUGCAUGUUAAAUGAAGUAAAAUCAUGUUGUGCCAUACUCAAAAUUAAAAGCAUUGAAAGUUAUUACAGUUGAUCUUGUUGGUCAGAGACAAUUACUGAGAACUGUUGUGUAAAUAAAUAAUGGCUAAUUCUGUGUUCCUUUUGUAUUAAAACUACAAUUUUAACAAAUAAAAUUGAGCUCAAGUUUGA